UUUAUUUGGGAUUUUUUUUUUUUUUACAGUUCUUCUGAGAUUCAUUGUGUUUUCCUGCUGCUUUGGAGCAGUGUGUUGUGUGUGGUUUUUCUUUAAUUCUAAGCAGCUUUGUGAUCUUUGUUUGAUGUUUUUCAGCUGUGGCUUCACUGAAAAAGGAAAGAUAUUCAUACGGUUUUGAAGAUUUGAGCUUUAUUCAGUUUAUUUUAUUUUACUUUUUUGAAGAAACUGAGGUUUUUGGAAUAUGACAUGUUGUUCUUUGGGUCUUUGAACUUGUUAUAAUCCCAUAAUCAUGUUUUUUUUUGUCAUUUAGUGUUAUUUUAAUUUUUUGUGAAGGGAAAAGUGAUUGCAGUUCUUCAUUAUUUGCACAAGUUUGUGUGGUUUUCUUGGUGCUACUAACGUUAGCUCUUUCAAUUCAAUUUGUUUUCUCUUUUAGAAAUAUAGAUAAGAAAAAAAAAACACUGCAUUGUAAUUUUAGAUGUCAAAUUGCUAAUCUGCAACAUAUAUUCAUGGACAAACAACUUGUACACCUCCAUCCUUGUUUUGAGAUAAAUUUCCCCUCUGUUUUACAGUAUUGUCAUAAUUAACGAAUAUCAACCAAUGCCCAAACUACUAAAGCCAAAGUUUCAGAUCUAUUAUAUUUUGAGUUUUCUUAUACUCAAUGUUACUAAUUAUGUGUUCCAUUUGAGUUAAGCAGGAGAAAGAAAAACUAUCAAUUCUGAGCUAUGGCAUGCUUGUGCUGGACCACUGGUGUCGCUGCCGCCUGUGGGCAGCCUUGUGGUCUAUUUCCCGCAAGGUCACAGCGAACAGGCAUGUGGCAGCCUCAAUGAAGAAGGAUACAGAUAGCAUUCCAAGCUACCCAUCACUGUCUUCGAAGAUAGUUUGUGUGCUUCAUAAUGUCACUCUACAUGCUGAUCCUGAAACCGAUGAGGUUUACGCUCAGAUGACUCUUCAGCCUGUUAAUAAUUAUGACAAAGAGGCAUUGUUGGCAUCUGAAUUGGGCCUCAAACAAAAUAAGCAACCGGCUGAAUUCUUCUGCAAAACACUUACAGCAAGUGAUACGAGCACUCAUGGUGGAUUUUCAGUUCCUCGUCGCGCAGCUGAAAAGAUUUUCCCGCCACUAGAUUUUUCAAUGCAACCACCAGCACAAGAACUGGCCGCAAAGGACUUGCACGAUGUCACAUGGACAUUCCGGCAUAUCUAUCGUGGCCAGCCCAAAAGGCAUCUCUUAACUACUGGUUGGAGUGUGUUUGUUAGCUCGAAAAGACUCUUUGCAGGCGAUUCCGUCCUUGUCAUUCGAGAUGAAAAGUCACAGCUCCUCCUGGGAGUAAAACGUGCCAAUAGACAGCAACCAGCUCUAUCAUCUUCGGUUUUACCUAGUGAUAGCAUGCAUAUCGGGAUCCUUGCUGCUGCUGCUCAUGCUGCCGCAAGUAACAGUCCAUUCACCAUAUUUUACAACCCAAGAGCUAGCCCAUCGGAGUUUGUUGUUCCUUUGGCCAAAUACCUCAAGGCAAUGUACACCCAAAUCUCUCUAGGCAUGAGAUUCAGGAUGAUGUUUGAGACUGAGGAGUCCGGAGUGCGUAGAUAUAUGGGCACGGUCACUGGCAUUAGUGAUUUGGAUCCUGUUAGAUGGAAAAAUUCACAGUGGCGCAAUCUUCAGGUUGGGUGGGAUGAAUCAACAGCAGGUGAGCGGCGGACUCGGGUAUCAAUAUGGGAAAUUGAACCUGUGGCAACUCCUUUCUAUAUAUGCCCUCCACCAUUUUUAAGACCCAAAUUUUUUAAACCGCCGGGAAUGCCAGAUGACUCUGAUGUUGAGAAUGGAUUUAGAAAGACAAUGCCAUGGCUUGGUGAUGACUUCGGCAAGGAGGCUCCUAAUCCAUUUUUUACUGGUUUUAGCCUUGUCCAGUGGAUGGCCAUGCAGCAGAAUUCACAGCUAAUGGCCUCUGCGGCUCAGUCAGUACACUUUCCAUCUCUUGCCGCUUCUGCUGUACAGAAUACGAGCACUGAUGACCCAUCCCGAUUACUGAAUUUCCAAACAAAUGCCUUGCCUCCACAAAAUCUACAAUUCACUUCUAAAGCUACACACCAACUGCAACAAAUGGAACAACAGCUGGCCCUCCCAUGGCCCCAACAGCAUCAGCAGCAGCAGCAGCAGCAGCAACCACAGCAACAGCAACAGUUUUCUACUGUUACACUGCCAGAGCAGUCACAGAAACAACAGUUUCUACAACAGCAAAGAAAUCCUAAUCAUACACAAGAGCAGCAUCAUCAGCAACAACAUAAUUCCAUUGUUCUAGAGAAUCAGUCACGACAACCACAGCAGCAUCAGAAACUUCAUGGACAACUGCCACAAAAUCAACUGCAGGAACAACACUUAAGACCUGCCGUAUCUCAGCAAAACAUCGAGCCAGCUCAGAAACAACAUCAGUCUUUUAGCAGCCAAUUCUUACCACAGAAUCAGAUACUGAACCAAGUUUUGCCACCACCUUCAUUUCAAGUUCAACAGCAAGGGAUACCAAAACCGGGAAAUUGUUUAUCCAAUAUCAGUUCGUUUCAACCAUCAUCAUUAUCUGGAAUUUCACAGGUUCAACCACCUGUUGAAGACCAACUUUUUCUCCUGAAGCAGCAGCAGCAGCAGCAGCAGCAGUUCCAACAAUCCCAACAGCAACAACAACAACAACAACAAUGCCAAUCUCAGCUACAACUGCAGUUACUGCAGAAACUGCAGCAACAGCAAGUGCUCUCUCAACUUAAUCCACAAUUACAAUCUCAGUUGUUAACACAAUUAAGUCAACAGUCUCAACAACAGCAAAAUUUGCAACCACAGUUGCUGAACACUCAAUUUUUGCAACAGAAGCAACAGAUACCCAUUAGUCAUACGACCGAUCAUGUCAAACCAGAGCCACUUGUUCGAGCUAAUUCUACGUUAAGUGAGAAUGAAGGACCAUCAUGUUCAACAUCUCCUUCCACCAACUUCCAUGCUACUCCAUCAAGCUUACUCAAAAGACACCGGCAAGGACCAAGCAUCUUUAAUGAAAGCAUGGGCGUUCGUCAUCUUGACAAUCAACUUCAAGAAAUUCAAAGCAGGUCAGAUGGUCAAAUGAAGCAUGAGUUACACUGCAUUAAAGAGACCGAUCAGCUGCCACAUCAACAUGCUGUUUCAGAUCAACUGGAUGCAUCUUCAGCGAGUUCAUUUUGUAUGGAUGCUGCUGCUGUGCAGGAAGGUUUUUCACUUCACCCUCUUUGCAUGGAUAGUGAUGUACCUGAAGAUAAUCGGAACAAUUUUCUCAUUGGUGCUACAAAUGAUGGGUUGGUGAUGAACACUAUGCCUACAAGGGGCUUAAGCUCGGGAAAGGAUAUCGAGAACUUGCUAUCAGGUUAUGGUAAUCAGAAAGACAUGGAUGCUGAAGUGUCUACUGCAGCUAUCAGUUCUCAAUCAUUCGGUAUACCAGACAUGUCCUUUAGGCCUGGUUGUUCUAGUGAUCCUGCUGCCAAUGAAAGCAGAAUGUACAACAGAGGAAUGUGGGCUAACCAACCGCAGCGAAUGCGGACAUACACCAAGGUACAAAAGCGAGGAUCGGUGGGAAGGUCUAUUGAUGUAACACGGUACAUUGGAUACGAUGAUCUCAGGCGUGAUCUUGCACGCAUGUUUGGCAUUGAAGGGCAGUUAGAAGACCCGCACCGGACUGAGUGGAAGCUGGUCUAUGUUGAUCAUGAAAAUGACAUAUUGCUUGUCGGAGAUGACCCUUGGGAGGAGUUUGUGAGCUGUGUUCAGAGCAUCAAGAUACUAUCACCGGUGGAAGUUCAGCAGAUGAGCUUGGACGGCGACCUGGCUAGCGUGCCGCCAGUACAGAACCAAGCCUGCAGUGGUUCUGAUAACGGGAAUGUGUGGAGGGGUCACUACGACGAUUCAGCUGCGUCCUUUCAACAUCGGUGACAAAUGUAGUGACUGUAUAUGUAACUUAAGAAAAUUACCCGGAGAUGGAGAUGGCCGACUUUGUUGAAUGUGUUCUUUAGUUCUUGAAAGGUCUCUGUUGUUGAUCUAAUUAUUCAAGUUUCAGAAGACGAUUUUUGGUUGUUGCUGGACAGAGACUUACAUGUACAUGUAUUAAUACAAUCAUAUUUUCAUUCUUUCUAUCAAACACUUCCCCAGGCCUUCAAUGUAUCACUGAGAUUUCUUAUU